CAGACUGUUCUAAUACCCGCUGAUGGCUGAUGCGACCUACACACGUUAAGACGAGCACGCUGGACGCAGGAGCUUUUCUUCUCUGAGAAUGUUCAUGCAGCUCAGAACCUGCAUGACUGCCAAGCAAAGCAAUCUUCAUGAUGUCUUCAACAAAAUGCUGGACCAUGGGCCAAAUCAUAAUCAUGCUGUGUAAGUGGGCUGUGAGGACCAGGAUGAACAUUCAUGUUCAUGCAGCAUUGCUGAUUGUUCUGAGCUGGUCCAGACCAUCAGCAGGCUGCCCAUCCACAUGUACAUGCAACAGCACCAACUCCAACUGCACUAGCCUUGAUGUCCUGAUAUCCGUGAACUCGAUUCUAAACCAGCUUCCAUCUAACCUCACUUCACUCACCCUCUCUGCAAACAACAUAACGAUGAUGGAGCCAGGAUCCUUCUCCAAUCUCAGCAGCCUGUUGCAACUAGAUCUAUCCAGAAACCACCUGCUCACCUUUCAUCCUUCCACCUUCUCCCAACUGAGUAGCCUUGAGCUUCUAGACCUUUCCAGCAACUUCCUAAUAAAUCUUCCAGCAGAUCUCUUCUCUGACCUUGUCAGCCUCCAAGAGCUGGUUUUAAGAGACAACAGGCUAAAAGUACUGAGCCCCAAACAGUUUCAGAGCCUGACUGAACUCCAGCACUUGGACCUUUCCUUCAACAGCCUGGCCACCUUGCCCCCAGGUCUCCUGGAUGGGCCACAGGCCCUAGCAUGGCUCUCACUGGCUGGGAACAAGCUGUGGACCCUGCAGAGAUCAGUGCUGGAGCCCCUCACUGCUUUACAGCACCUUCAGCUGGAGGGAAACCACUGGAAUUGCAGCUGCAGUAUAUUGCCAUUCAGACACUGGCUGGAAUGGAUGCUAUACAGAGGUGGCCAUGUGGAUUCCAUACAGUGCUCUCUCCCUCCAGUUCUACAAGGUAGAGAUCUCCGCCGUGUUCCAAUGGAGAUGUUCAGACACUGCUCCCAGCCUCCCUUCUCAGACAACAGGCAUCAUUCCAACUGUUUCCGGACAGCUGAGGGUUUCCUGGUCUCUACUGACCCAGCAGCAGAUUGCUUCAGACAGCGCCACAGACCCAUCAGCGUUCGCCGAGCACCCAUCACCGUGGUGGUGGCCGGGGUGGUGUGUGGGAUAGUGUGUGUGAUGAUGGUGGUGGCUGCCACCUAUGGCUGCAUCUACGCCAUGCUAGUGGCCCAUCAGCAGCAGGAGCUACUGGACAAGAGUCUCCAGCUUCAGCAGCAGCCACUAAUGGAAGAGAGGGAGGCGGAGCCAGGAGAGGAAGAGACGGCGCCAGAAGAGGCUCGAGAAAAGGCUCCAGAGUGCAAAGAGUGGAUAGCGUUUCCACCAGAGGUCUGCGUGUGAGACAUGCAAUUGUGCUGACUCGGGACAGCCAUGAAUGACUAAGGACCAGCAUGGUAAUUGAGUAAUGUCAGUCUUAUGUGUGUCUUAGGGAGAUAUUAUUCUUUAAAGGGUUCACUUCAAGGAAAACAGAAUUUUCCUUCUUUUUCCAAAAUAAAAAGUUGACAUACAGUGUUUCAAAACAUCCACAUACUGAAAAGCUAAAAAAAAAUAAAUAAAUAAAAAAUAGCCUGUUUUGAAUUCAUCAUGGUUGUGAUGUCAUACACAAAAGCUUUACCAAUUCUGACCUCAGCAGCUUUGCCCACACAUUCAUGCUAAAGUAGUAAAAAGUGCUUACAUGGCAGAGAGAGCUUUUGAAGGGAGCAUAUGUAUAAUUGCAGCCUUUCAAAUGAUAGACACCCAAAAAGGAGUGGCUGAAGUAUCAUAAAGUGAACCAAUCAAAGUCAGGGGGAGGUCUCAGGCUGAGUUGAUGGUGAUUGAGUUCUAUUCAGCAAACAGGAGAAACUGCACCAUACAAACUCAAACCGCCCUGUCACUGUGGCCAAAAAGACAUAAUUUUGCUUCAAACACUGUUUUUGUUUGAAGUAUACUGAAACUGAACUGUCGACUGAAACAUUGAUUUUUAUAUGACUAUUUUUCAAAGUCUCUUUAUCUAAAAUAAUUAAAGAGGCUGUUUUGUUACUGGGCCUUUAAAACUAAUAUAAAGUGACAUAAGUGAUAUAUGCCUUGGCUGUUCUGUAAUGUGGCUCAUUCAAAAAGCACUCAAAAAUACUCCUUAUAAGUCCAGCAUGAAUGGGUUGGGCUAAUAUGGUCUAGGCUGAAUAGAUGGAUAUAUGUAAAAGAGACAGCAGUUUAGUUUCCAUAUAUGGUCUAUAUGUGGGGGACAAGUGUACAUUUUCACCAUGUUCACAACUCCUUUAUUUAAAAAAAGCGAAGGAAUUUAAGUUUUAUUGAAUUUUUGGUAACACUUUAUUUGAAGGCUAC